CGCACCGCGAUUUCACGCCGUGAUUCGCGCGCGAGUCUGGAGAGGGUAUUAACGUUUGACAAGAACGAAGAAGGGAAUGUCAAAUUAACGACUGAACCUAACCUCAAAUUUUGUUUUGACUUUAACCGGUUGAUGUUUGGAAUACUUUUUAAAUGAACUCAAAAAGGUUAUUAAAAGAAGACUUGGAUAGAGACUGUAAAGAAUUGGCCGUGUAUUUACUAGGCAAAGUUUUAGUGCGGAAGUUAGAAGAUGACACGGUAUUGCAAGGAAGGAUAGUAGAAACGGAAAGCUACUUGGGUACUGAGGAUAAAGCAUCACAUUCUUAUAAUAACAGACGAUCUGCAGCAAAUGAGCCAAUGUAUAUGGAAGUGGGUACCUGUUAUGUGUACAUGACCUAUGGAAUGUUCUUUUGUAUGAACAUAUCAAGUAGAGAGCCUGGCGCCGCCGUACUGAUAAGAGCUUUGGAACCACUUUCUGGGAUAGAUACCAUGGAAAAGCUGAGAGUUAAGAAGCUAAAAGGUACAAAGUCUUCACUGAAGAUCAAAGACCUUUGUAAUGGCCCUGCUAAAUUAUGCAAUGCAAUGAACAUUACAAAGGAGGCUCUAAACAAGGUCAAUAUUGCAGACCUGCAGAAUGAACAAAUAUGGUUGGAGGAUGAUCCAAACUAUAAUAAAGAAGAUAAAAAAAUAGUGCAAACAAGUAGAAUUGGAAUUGCUUCUGCUGGAGCAGAAUGGGCUGCCAAACCCUUGCGAUAUUAUAUUUUAAAUAAUGAGUGUGUAAGCAAAAGGGACAAGACUGCUGAAAGAAAUCUGGAUGUUUGAUCAAAAGUUUGCAUUUGCAUAUAUGAAGAAUUGACUGUGUAAUUGUGGAGUAGCUCAAGAUCAAAGAGCAUACACAAUGAUAAGAUGUACUUAGCUUGUCUUGUACAGAAUAGGUGUCCUGGUCAAGGAAAUAUAACGACAAUUUUCCAAUCCAAAACAUUUUGGAUGUGUUGAAGUAUAUAUAAAAUAUAUAAAAUCCAGGCCUGUAUAUGAACCCAGAUUUUUAUGAGAAACUCAGAUUUUAAAAUCAAUUCUAUGACUACAAAAUCAUGUGAAAAACCUUCUAUGACUGUCAAUUAACUAGGUUCUGGAUAUUUGCGCGGCAACCGAUUGGUAUUGAUUAUUAGAAAUAAAAGUCGGAAUUGUAUCACAUUUAGUCUUAUUAUAAAUAACAACCUUAAAAAUAUAAAAUAAAACAACACGUAAAAAAGUCUAGGUUGGCGCUGGCGGGGCUGCAUGUAUGGACCGCCGCCUUAGAAAUAUCCUGCCUCCAGAUGGAAACUGUCUUGCUAGUAAAAUCAAUGAUGAUGCUAACGCCAGUCGGACGGAGGUACUUUGAUCUCCUGGUAAACUUACAAACACUGUUGCUACAGCUGCCAACGCAUCACCUGGAAGAAUCAAAACAUCAAUGUUCACUAUUUUAGUACUUAUCUACAGAAGAUCAUUCAGGCCGGUCUCAGCACAAACCGGGAGACAACAAGGAAGAUUUUUCUCAGCGUGCCGUUUUGAAAAAAUUCCCCCUCGCUACUGGGCACAUGCACCACAUCCCACCUACCCACACAUCAAUCAGUCGUUUGACAUUGCAGAUUCUGGCACACAUCAGUAUUCCAACGUCUCCCAUUGUGGUACCACAGAGUAUGCUCUCCAAAUAACCCCAAGCCCUAUUUCAUUUUUGCUUUAUGUAAAGGAGUUACCUAAUGUAGUACCUGAUGCACUGAUAACUUCAUUCGCAGAUGAUAUCUAAAUCGUAGCUUGUAGUUUUUCAGAGGAACAAUUACAAGAUAGUAUAGAUGUUUCAUUUCUAAGCUACAUAAAUGGUUUCAUAUAAGAAUUUAUAUUUAAAUCUAAACAAGACGCAAUGCAUUUCACAAGGCAAAAAUUUGCAACAAACUCAGUUUCAAAUUAAAUAAUAAUAUCAAUAUGUGAAAUAUAUAAAAUUGUUUGGUGUGUAUUUGGAUUCCUGUAUGGAGUUGAAGCACCACAGUGAAUAUGUAAUAACAAGUCUCAAUUCAUUAUAUUAUUCUGGGUGGGCCAUCUAUUACUUUUUUUACGUAUAAGUUUAUGUGUUACCAUGUGAGUCAAAAAUCAUGUAUGCAUAAAUGAACUGUCAAAGGUAUGCCAUUUAUAGUCAUGGAUUCGUUUACAACACAACAACGCAUUUUGGUUAUCCAAACUUAUUACGAAAACGGUCGAGAUAUAAAAAAUACUUUUCGCAA